UAAUCAAACAUAAAUCAAUUUUAUAUGUAAAAAAAAAAUAUUUGGGUUGAACUUCAGUUGAAUUUAUUUUAUUAAAAUUUUAUACAGUUUAUAUGCAUUUUAUUAUAUUUAUUUCAAUAUUCGAAAAGCGAAUAUCCGAUCGAUCGAUCGAUCGAUCAGGACAUCGAUCAGUUUGGACGAUACGGCGGCUGGUUUCCAUAGUAACGAAGCGUGCAUCGAUGACCUCAGCUAGUUUCUGACGUCUGCGGCAGAAAUAUGCAUCGAGCUGCCGAAUCUAACCAAUCACAGAACGUUUCGUUAAUUUUUCUUUAAUGGCGGAGAGUUGGAGUACGGAACUGACCGCGGUUCUUAUAACGGAAGUGAAACGUUAUCCGUGGUUAUGGAACCCUUUGAGAUGGGAUUAUCGAAAAAUACGAAAGAAAUGCAUGGCGUGGAGAUCGAUAAGCACCGUUGUGCGUAAACCAGCCAAAGAAUGCCAAGAAAAGUGGAGGACUGUGAGAGAUACUUACAAGAAAAUAAUACAAAGAGGAACAAGUGCCCCGACGGAAGGAAGAUCGUCCAAAUGGCCACACAUGGCUCGUAUGGAAUUUUUGAAAAAGGCAGCGGAAAAACAUGCUAAUCUGAAGAUUUCACAGACAAAAGGUGAAGAAUCAUCCGACCUCGAAAUUGAUAAGGAUACUGAUGUUGAAGCUAAAAUAUACGAGGAGGAGAAUGACUAUCGUAACGACGACGAUCCUCUACCACCGAGAUUAUCAGACUUAAUAUCUGCAAAACCGAGAUAUAUCGUUCCAAAAAUAGAUGGCAUCUUACAGAACGACCUACAACCACCCCCGCUGAGACCAAUAUCGAUACAAACUCCGGUAGUACCAAUAUCGAUGCCAACGUCCUUUGUACCAUUAUCAGUGUCGUCUUCAGUGACAUCAAAUUCGUCGGUACCAAUAUGUGUACCAACAGCACCGAAAUUGAAGUCGAUAUCGUUAGAAAAUCAAACCAAAUCUCUACAACAGAACAAUAAUUAUAAUAAAAAUAAUAAGAAUCAUCGCCGGUCUAAAUUAAAGCUUCGAGCUGCGGCAUUACUCGAAUCAUUACAACAACGAAUGGAGUCUGAAGCACCCGAAGAUGAAGAACAUUAUUUUGGACAGAUUGUUGCAUCUACAAUGAGAAGACUUCCUCUUCAGCAACGUGCAAUCAUCCGUAUGGAUAUUUUGCGCCUAUUGUAUAAUGCCGAAUACAACAGGGAAUAAGACGGUUAUAAAAUCAGAAAAAAUAUAUAUUCAUAUUUACUGUAAUUAUAGUUUAAAUUUAUUUUUAUACUGAAAUGAUAAAUAUAUAGUUAAUAAAACUAUUAUAUGCAAAAUCAUCCAAGAAACUAUUGGAUCUUGCACAUCCUAACAAGAUAACAUACAAAUGAUGAAUAAUGCAUGAAGAAUAUGAUAGAAUUAAAUAGAUGAUUAUUUCAUCCCUUACAGCAUCGUUAUCAAUGAAUCAUAUUAAUAAGUAUAAUGUCGUGGUCAUUUAG